AUGCCUCUCUUCCCCUUUUCAGAAGACACAAAGGAGCGUAUUAUUCGCACCGUCGCCGUCGUCCACAACGUUGUGCACUACGGCUGGGUGCCCUUCGUCCUCUUCGUCGGAUACUCAAGGAGCACACCUCGACCUAGCUUGAUCAAGCUGAUCUCUCCCUUGGCCUAGGCUCUUGGAAGGGACACCGUCCUCCAGACUCUCUACACGUUACCAAAAGACCUUUCUGCAAUUCUUCCUACGCACUC